AUGUCGUUCAAUAAAGCACAAAAGUCAGUUGGAAGGGAGCAUAGAGAGCGAGGACAGGUAAGGUAAUAUCCACUAUCCAUUAUAUUUUUAGUUAUCCGACCGAAAACAUCUCGGCUUGCUGGAGAAGAAAAAGGAUUGGAUCCUGAGGACAAGAGCUCAUCAGAAGAAGUCUAAGCAACUUAAGAAGCUCAGAACACGAGCAUUAGAGAGGAAUCAAGAUGAAUUCAACUUCCACAUGAUAAACAGUCAAGUUGGGGUAAUAUUUUACUUUUUUCUAACUUUAGAGUAAGAGUAACUAUUUAUUGUCUAACCAAACAUUCAUACUAGAUCCACAAAAGAAACUUUUGGUUUGUUAUACUUUCUAAAAUACAUAAUGAUGUUUAGUUUGAUGGAGUACACAGAGAAGCCACAGAUGCAGAGCCAGAGGAGAGUUACGUUCAAAGUUUGUUGAGCGACAUCAAGGAUAUAAACUAUGUUCGGCACAAGUUGGCAUUGGAAAGGAAAGUAAGGAAAUCAUGUCGUUUACCAUAUUUCAUCUGUUCUGUAUACUAUAUUUCAUCUGUUAGUUGUUAUUCCUUUGUUUUAUUUCAUUGACUUUAGAUGAUUGAUAAGCUAAAAGCAGUGCUACACAUGACAGAUUCAAAUGCUAAACAAAAUACUCACACAUUUUUCGUGGAUGAUGAUGAAGAUGGUAGGUCUAUCUGAAAUUAUAAAUUUUUAUUUAUUAUAAUAGUUAUUACCUAUAAGUUUUUCAUUUUAUUUGAUAAACAAUCCAAUAUUUUAAUAAAUAUUUAUUUUCAGUGUCAGAAAUAAUGUCAUCAGAGUCGUUGUUUGGAGCAUCGUCAUCUAGGAAAAGUAACAGGAUCCCAGCAGACAAAUUGAAGAAUCAGAUGAUCGGAGUCGAAGACAAGGGGACUGCAAUGGUAUGGCAUAGUUUAUAUAGAUAGAUAUGGUUUUGAAUUUAGGAAAUAGAAAAGCAUCGACAUGCACAAUACGAGGAGCUGGACAAGAGGAUCAAAAGGGAGAAGGAACUGAAUGUUGUACUACAGAAGUUGGAACUGAAGAAGGCUGUCCAGAUGAGCUCCAAGAAAGACAAACCCAAAUUGAUAAGUAAGGCCACGCCAGAUAAACCCGCCUGCUACAGAUGGAAGUUUGAGAGGAAGAAGUAG